UGCAAGUGAGAGGAGAGAAGCAGCUGGAAAUAGCAGUAGAUAUUUUGUCACGACAUUUAUGGUCCAUCAAUAGUUUUCGAUUUUGUUCCACAAUUUGGUACGAGAAGAAAGUAAAAUAUUCGUAUAUACAAUAUACGUAGACACAUACCUACAUUGGUGGUGAAGUAAAUAUUACCAACAUAACUUAACCAACAUGACGGAGGACAUGUUAGGGUCAGACAUAUGCAGGGUCUGCAGAUCCGAAGGUUUGGCGGAUAGGCCGCUGUUCCAUCCAUGCAUUUGCACCGGCAGUAUUAAAUGGAUACAUCAGGAGUGCUUAGUGCAGUGGAUGCGGUAUUCGCGGAAAGAAUACUGUGAAUUAUGUGGCUACCGCUUCUCCUUCACGCCUAUCUACAGUCCUGACAUGCCCAGACGUCUUCCUCUACGAGAUGUUGUCGGCGGGCUACUUUCCAGUAUCGUUACAGCUGUCAAAUAUUGGCUUCAUUACACCUUGGUCGCCAUUGCAUGGCUCGGCAUUGUUCCACUCACAGCCUGUCGAACUUAUCGUACUCUUUUCAGCGGGUCUCUGGAUUUAGUUCGGAUAAUGUCGCUGCCGAUGGAUAUGCUUUCGACAGAAAAUUUAUCCUCAGACGUGUUCCAUGGGUGCUUCGUAGUAACCUGCACUCUUUUUGGUUUCAUCGGGCUGAUUUGGCUGCGUGAACAAAUUCUCCAUGCUGGAGGACCCGACUGGCUUGAGAGAGACAAUGUACAGUUGCCUCCGGUUGAUAACCCUCCUCAUCGAGAUGGGCAGGAUGGUCAAGCAGGACAAGACCAGCCUGCAGAUAAUCAGCCGCAAGCUCAGGAUAACAAUAAUGUACCUCCCUUUGUUGAAGAACCUCCCAUUUUGCAGGAGAGACAACACAAUAUCGAAGAAAACCAACAUGAUAUUCCACUGGAUCCCGACAUAGGCGAAGGCAUACUGAACAAUGCUCCCCAAAAUCCAGAGGAAUAUAUAUUAAACCCAGAAGUUGGUGAAAAUAACGUAGGGAAUCCAGAUGGGGCACUCAGAGGUGAAGAAGAAGAACCAGUAUUUCCUCCCAGGGACGAGCCAGGCAUAGAUGGUGCCCAGCCCAAUGUCCAGGCUGGUGCAGGAUGGAGAGCACAAGGUCAAGGCCAGGGGGAGGCUGAAGAGGCAAAUUGGAAUCCCAUGGAAUGGGAUCGACCAGCCGAGGAACUAACUUGGGAGCGACUGUUGGGAUUAGACGGGUCGCUUCUUUUCAUUGAGCAUGUUUUCUGGGUGGUUUCGUUGAACACUCUGUUCAUAAUGGUUUUUGCCUUCUGCCCUUAUCACAUUGGGCACAUCACAAUAGCGUGGCUAGGUCUACAAGAGCAUGUAACAGCCUCGCAUUUCGAGGGACUCGUGACAACGCUUUGCGGUUACUGUGUGAUCGCCGUUUCUAUGGUGGUUUUGCACACACUGGCAGCUCUUCUAGGUUUGCAGCGAUCGCAGAGGGUUCUAGGCCUUUGUUACGUUGUCGUGAAGGUCUCUUUAUUGUCAGUUGUAGAGAUAGGAGUCUUGCCACUAGUGUGCGGCUGGUGGCUCGACAUCUGUUCUCUCGCAAUGUUUGACGCCAGUCUCAGAGACAGAGAAUCUUCGUUCAGGCUGGCGCCUGGAACUUCAAUGUUCAUUCACUGGCUUGUCGGAAUGGUUUACAUAUAUUAUUUUGCCUCGUUCAUUCUACUUCUGAGAGAAGUUGUGAGGCCAGGGGUUCUCUGGUUUCUCAGAAACUUGAAUGAUCCGGAUUUCUCGCCCAUCCAAGAGAUGAUACAUCUACCACUGCUCAGACACGCCAGAAGACUCGUCGCAUCUGCAGUCAUAUUUGGAACCGUCGUACUACUAGUACUCUGGUUGCCAGUGAAGCUGCUCAGGUGGGGAUGGCCGGGAUUUCUGCCCUACACCGUCACUGUCCAGAGUGAAGCACAGGUAAGCGAAUUAUCGCUCGAAUUGUUGUUGCUGCAAGUCAUUCUUCCCGCGUUGUUGGAGCAGUCACACACCCGUACCUGGCUGAAGGCUUUGUUGCGAGGUUGGUGCAAAGUCGUUGCCUGGUUUCUGGACCUCCAGUCCUAUUUACUGAGGGACCAGAGUAACGAGCCAGAGCCUGCGGUGAUAGAUGAACCUCAGCAUCCUCACCUUGCCGCAGCUCAUCAAGCUCUUGUACAGAGGGAGAGACCAGUGGGUUACCAGCCAUACACCAAGCCGCGAUGGUUCCCUGCAAGACUAGUUGGUCUUUUACUAUGUGUAUGCAUAUCGCUCGUGAUUUCAAGCCUCAUCGCAAUGACUCUACCUGUAUGGCUGGGACGACGAGUAAUGGCUCUUUGGAUGGUUGGUGCACCUGCACCUUCGCCACCAGUCAUGGCACCGACGGUAGCAGCGACUGACGGAGGCGAAGCUGUUGUUACUCUUUCAGGGAGAGUGCACGAAGUGUAUACUGUAGCUUGUGGCACUUACGUGUGCUGGGCUGCAGCUAGAGGAUUGGCUCUGGCUUUAUCGUGGCUUCCUCGAGGUCGCAGGGCAGUAUUGGACAGAAUCAAGCACUGGGCAGUCUUGGGAUUAAAAGCUUCUGUUGCGUUUGUCCUGCUAGUGGGUGUAAUACCCUUACUUUUUGGGCUUCUCCUUGAGUUGGUUGUGGUUGUGCCGUUGAGGGUACCAUUGGAACAGAACCCGAUUUUAUUUGUGUGGCAAGACUGGGCGUUGGGUGUCCUUUACACAAAAAUAGCAACUGCUGUGACGAUGAUGGGGCCUGAGUGGAGGCUGCGAUUGGCGAUUGAGCGAGCGUACAAUGACGGCAUCAGAGAGAUGGAUUUAAAAUUCGUAGUCACCGAGCUAGCUGCACCCGUAAUUUGUUGCUUUGGUCUGGCACUCGCGAUCCCAUAUGCAGUGGCGUACGGAAUUAUUCCUCUAUUUGUCGCCAACUUACAAACUCAAAUAUUAAUCGCCAGACGUCUUUACCCAUUUUUACUAUUGGUGAAUUUGGUAUGCAUACUUAUAAGCUUUCAAGUACGCCAGUUCAAAAAACUUUACGAACAUAUUAAAAAUGACAAGUAUUUGGUCGGACAGCGCCUUGUAAACUAUGAACAUCGCAACAAAGCGCAACAACAACAACAGCAGCAACAAAGAUCUAGCUAACGCUCUGUUUCCUACAUUGUGCAUAGAGAUUAAGGAGAAGAAAAAAAAAUGCAACGUAGUAGGCUAGCUUCGUGUACAUUCUUAAUCAAUUAACUAAAACCCUUUAUCUUAUUCAAUUUAUAACAAUUGAUAUCUUACGUCAACCAUGAUUUAAUUUUUAAUAUUCUUAAUAUAUAUAUUUAUGUAAGCCGAACCUAAAUAAAUUACAAAGACUGUUUCUUUUCCAAAAAAAAGAAAAUAGAAAAGAGAA